AUGGAUCCUUUCGGCCCUCUUCCUAUCCAUCGCCUUGAAUCCAAGGGCCAAGCAGAAUUGCUUGCCAGGCUGGAUGACCUUCGCGAUUUGGGGUUUCGCCGCCAACUGGCUCUACCGCAGUUGGUGGUUUGUGGUGACCAAAAUAGUGGGAAGAGUUCAGUAUUCCACGCCAUAACAGGUGUCCCAUUGCCAACUAGCACUGGACUCUGCACCAGGUUUGCAACAGAAGUUAUCCUUCGGAGGUCCGAUGAAGUUUCAGUUUCUGUGAAAAUCCGACCCGGCCCGGAUGCCACUCCGGACCAUCGACACAAACUAGGAAUAUUCUCGAGGUCACAUAACUGGCUUCAAGACAUCCCCAAGCUUUAUUCGGAGGCCAGGCUCAUAAUGGGCUUAAUUUCGGAUGGAAGGUACUCAUUGGAUGUCCUACAACUGGAAGCUUCAGGCCCUACCUUGCCAGACCUGACCGUGGUUGACCUGCCUGGCCUUAUCAAUAGACCAGGUCACCAUCAAAGAAUGGAAGAUGUCACUCUUGUGCAAGGUUUAACUGAAGCUUACAUGCGGAACCCUCGAAGCAUCGUCCUGGCUGUUGUGUCUGCUGAGCGUAAUAUAUCUCAGCAAAUCGUGUUGCGCAUGACGAAAUCUUGCAGUCCUCGCACAAUGGCAAUCAUAACGAAGCCAGAUCACCUAGAACCCGGCUGUAGCAUUGAGGAGAACUACUUUGCGCGUGCUAAGAACCAAGAUACACCUCUGCGUUUAGGAUGGCACGUUCUUGUGAACAACGAUUCCAACGAGAAGAGAAACCGCCAUUUUCAACGGGAUGACAUGGAAAAUUUGUUUUUCACCACCACAAUGCCUUGGAAAACCCUUUCUCAAAACUGUGUGGGCAUUCAAUCACUUAGAAGUAGACUGGGCAAAAUUCUACUUGGGCAGAUUGAGUCGCAGCUUUCGGAUCUGUCUACCGAACUUCAACAGGACCUCGAAACGAGCAGCCUCUUACUCAAAAAACUUGGACCAGACCGGAAAUCGGAUACAGCUCAGCGACUUUAUCUAACUACUAUAGCCGAACGAUUUCAAGCCCUCACAAUAUCAGCCACGGCUGGUGAAUAUCACGAUACCUAUUUCCGUUAUCACCCACAAACCUCUAUGCGACGAUUAAGAUCCGUAAUCCGAAACUGGGCGGAAGAUUUUGCUACAGAUAUGGAGGAACGUGGCCAUAGCUAUAACUUGUAUGACGAUACAACCUCAGAUGGCCCACCGCCAAUGCCGGAGCCAGCUUCUCCGGAUAGCCCUCAGCCAGUUCCACGAUCAUCCUUUAUCCGUGGACUUGCCGAACUUUUCAAGCAAAACGGAGGCCGUGAAACAAAAGGAUUGGUUAAUUCUCAGGUUGUAUGCGAACUAUUUAUUCGUUAUUCUCUCAAGUGGACUCCGAUGGCGAAAUCCCAUGUAUACGAACUAUGGAAAAAAGUAAAGCGGUUCCUGGAUGAUCUUCUUCAUCAUAUCGCAGGAGCAACCGUUGGCGAAGCUAUACUCAGGGAAAUACUGGAGCAGGAAAUGAGCAAUAAAUUGCAGGCACUUAACAGCAAAAUAGACGAACUAGCAACACCCUUUAAGCAAGUUGUUCCGUCAACCCUGAAUCGAAAAUUGGCUGCGAAAAUUCAUCGGCUUCGCGCCAUAAGUGGCCCAAAUGGCAUGGACGAUAAUCUGGAAGACGGCGCUGAUAUCAAUGUUUAUUCUGAGAUUCUCGAUUGUAUGGAAACUUAUUACUCCGCCGCAUUACCAGUAUUCAUUGACAACGUCGCUUUUCUUGCUGUGGAAAAUUGCCUCGUGGAAAACCUUGAAAACCUUCUCUCUCCAUCUAUGAUGGCACAAUUGUCAACUGAACAAAUUGAACGCAUUGCAGCUGAUUCUGAUGACACCAAACUCGCACGAAAGCAGCUCGCCGAUAAAGUUAAAGUGCUAGAACUUGCUGUGAAUUCAUGUAGACGUUGUGAAAUGGCGGGGCUUCAGUCUUCUGCGCAGAACUAUCGUGAACCAUCUAGAAACAACUUGAAUGAUUACCUCACGGCAGACACUCCUGAUCCACCGCUUGACGAAUCCCCAACACCUGACAUCAGCCCUCCAGAAACAGUCAACCACUCUAAAAUCGAAGACAGCUCUCGAACAGAAGAGUCUAUUGCCCUCAGCCGAUCUUCCAAUGAGUCCCGCCGCAGCGUCUCUGAGCUCUCUCAGACUGAAGCAACAUCCCCAUCCCUGAUGUCUCCUUCCCUCAUGGAUACCAUUUCAACACGCGCCAAAAGUCCUACGAGGACUGAGUCCAGCUCUGGAGGUAGCCGGAAGGGUUCGUUGCUGAAAUCUGGAUUCCGAAAACGAAUCCUGAAAAACAAACCGGCUGGCUCGAUAACUGAAGAUAAAUCGAGGACUUCGAACUCGACUCCAGACUCCGAGCGGAAACCUGAUACGACAUGUCAAUUUCUUAACUUCUGA